AUGAAGAACCUAUUCCACGCCGACCGUCUUCGAAAAGCAGCCGAUAACCCCUUGCCCCAGCAGAUCCAGACACCUCCGCCACCCGAGGAGAUCAACGGAGAACCCGAGUGGGAGGUUGAUCAAGUCCAGCAGUCUCGAGUAACCGGUAAGAGUCGACGACUGGAAUACCAGGUCUUAUGGAAGGGAUGUGACCCUGAUGAGACCUGGUACCCGGCUAGGAAUUUCCGUAACGCACCAAUAGCAUUGAAGGUAUUCCACGAUGAACAUCCGGACGCAGCAGGCCCACCCGUCAACCUGCAAUACUGGAUCGAAUGUGCUGCAGCGGAGGAGGGCUGCGAGGAACGAGACGAUGAUGACACAGCAGAGAAAGCCGUGAAACCAAGAACCCGCCGCCACGACUGA